UUGUUUAGUUAUCAAAACCAGAUAAAUUAAGGUAGCAGUUGCCGAGCUAUGAACCCAACAUCCUCAGCUGCUCCUAAAGCUCUGUUAGAGCUAAAAACAGCUUUAUUUCAUGGCUUUAAAUCAUUCAAUCAGCUUAAACACAUUCAUGCACGCCUUAUUCGUACAGGCUUUGAACAAAACAACUAUCUCUUAAACUUACUAUUAAAAUACAUUUUAAACAAUUUCAACAACCCUAAUUAUGCUAAACUUGUUUUUAACCAAACUCAAGAACCCAACAUUUUUUUAUACAACACUAUGAUUCGUGGGUUGGUCUCAAAUGACUGUUUUCACCAAUCUGUUGAGUUUUUUAAAUUAAUGAGAAAAGAUGGUUUUUUGCCUAAUAAUUUUACUUUCCCAUUUUUGUUAAAGUCUUGUGCUAGGUUAGUGGAUUUUGAACUUGGUGUUAAGGCUCAUACACUUGUGGUUAAAGGAGGGUUUGAUUGUGAUGUGUUUGUGAAGACUGGUUUGGUUUGUUUUUAUGCCAGGUGUGGGUUUCUUGAUGAUGCACACAAUGUGUUUGAUGAUAUUCCUGAGAAGAAUGUUGUUUCUUGGACCGCGAUAAUGACGGGGUACAUUGAUUUUGGGAAGUUUAGGGAAGCGAUUGAGUUGUUUCGGAGGUCAUUGGAGAUGGGUUUGAGUCCUGAUAGUUUUACGCUUGUUCGCGUGCUGUCGGCCUGUAGUUGUGUAGGGGAUGUUAGUUCCGGUGAGUGGAUACAUAGGUAUGCGGCGGAGAUGGGUAUGGGAAGGAAUGUGUUUGUUAAUACUGCUUUGGUUGACAUGUACGCUAAAUGUGGGAACUUGGCGAGAGCUCGCGAGGUUUUUGAUGAGAUGGUAGAGAAGGAUGUUGUUUCUUGGAGUGCUAUGAUUCAGGGUUACGCGGCGAACGGGCUUCCGAAAGAGGCUUUGGAGCUGUUUCACAAGAUGCAGGGAGAGAACCUUAGGCCAGAUUGUUAUUCAAUGGUUGGGGUACUUUCUGCGUCUGCAAAGUUAGGAGCGUUAGAAGUUGGCGAAUCUGCCACUAGGUUGAUGGAGAUGGAUGAGUUUUUCUCUAAUGCUGUUUUAGGUACAGCACUAAUUGAUAUGUAUGCUAAAUGUGGGCGAAUGUUUUCAGCUUGGGAAAUAUUCAAGCAAGUGAAGGUGAAGGACAGAGUAAUCUGGAACGCUGUUAUAUCGGGUCUUGCUAUGCAUGGUCAUGUGAAAUCUGCCUUUUGUUGUUUUGGUCAAGUAGAGAAACAUGGUAUGAAACCUGAUGGAAACACAUUCAUGGGUCUCCUUUGUGCUUGUACUCAUGCUGGCCUUGUCGACGAUGGUCGGAAAUAUUUUCGUAGCAUGACUCACUUGUACUCUUUGGAACGAAAUAUUGAACAUUAUGGUUGCAUGGUUGAUCUUUUAGGCCGAGCCGGUUUGCUAGAUGAAGCUCAUUCGUUGAUAGAAAGUAUGCCAAUGAAGGCUAAUGCCAUUAUUUGGGGAGCGCUAUUAAGUGGUUGCCGGUUACAUCGUGAUACCAAGUUGGCUGAACAUGUACUAAAGCAGUUGAUUGAAUUGGAACCAUGGAACUCAGGAAACUAUGUUCUUUUAUCAAAUAUCUAUGCAUCUAACAAUAAAUGGGAUGAUUCGGAGAAAAUCAGGUCCACUAUGAAUGAGAGAAGAAUGCAGAAGAUUCCUGCAUAUAGUUGGAUAGAGAUUGAUGGAAUUGUUCACGAAUUUCUUGUUGGAGAUACAUAUCAUCCAAUAUCAGAUAAGAUAUACGAUAAACUCAGUGAACUGAGCAAGGAGUUAAGAGAGGCGGGCUAUGUUCCAAAAACGGAAUAUGUUCUAUUUGACAUUGAAGAGGAGGAGAAGGAACACUUUGUUGGCUGUCACAGUGAGAAGCUUGCGCUUGCAUUUGGCUUACUAAGUACUAAAGCUAGUGAUGUUAUCAGAAUAAUUAAAAAUCUUCGUAUCUGUGGUGAUUGUCAUACAUUCUUCAAGCUAAUCUCAAAGAUAACAGAGAGAGAAAUUAUCUUGCGGGAUAAUAACCGUUUCCAUUGUUUUACUAAAGGAUCAUGCUCAUGUGGAGAUUACUGGUAAGACUUCAGUUGGUAACAUGAUGUGCUAACUUUCUAUCGAGCAAGUAAUCGAGAAGAGAAAGAAUAUUGGAGAGGGAGGGAAAAUAGAGGUCAAAUACUGUCGUACUUUUAUGCCGAUCAGGGAAACCCAUACAAAAAGCACAAGAGACAGACCUAAGAUUUCUCUGUCAACAAAGAGUACAAUCAACUAAAUAAGAGGAGCAAUGCUGUGCAGAAGCUCACUGUUCUUUGAGGCGAGGGUCUAUCGGAAACAGUUUCUCUACCUUCACAAGGUAGGGGUAAGGUCUGCGUACGCAUUACCCUCCUUAGACCCCACAUGUGGGAUUACAUUGGGUUUGUUGGUAUUGCUGUAAUGCUGUGCAAAAGCGAAAAUACUGUGAUCGAACAAUAUAUGGUGUUGAUCAAUUGGAUUAAAAUGAGUUCCACAAUUUGCAGUUCCUCGUGGAGAUAUUGGGCUAUCUCAUUGGAAGCCUUUAUACAAAUGCCUGGGCUUGUUGCAAGCUUUAAAUCAGUAGCUAUAUGGGAUGGUGUCAUAGAAAAGACGGGGAGAGCUGGCCAACUGGAAAAGACAAUACUUGUAUCAGUUGCAGAGAAAGAAACAACCGAAUUUUUUAGAGCAAAAGGCAGUAUGUAAUGACCUUGAAACACAGUUGUAUUUUUUGCUAAUCUUUUGGGGCAACAUGGCUGAUGUUAAUGAUACAGAAAAAGAAAAGAUUAGUGUAGUUAGGUAAAAAAAAAAUUAAAUAGGUAUAUAUACUACAUAUUGAAUUUUCUUAAUUUACUCGAGUGUUUAAUUUUUAUAUUUUGA